AUGUCUGGUCCGUCGAAAAUUCCUCCUGCAAAGAAACCUGGGCUUUCUAAAACUUAUACCAGUUCACAAUCAAACCUUCGUCUCGCGGCUACUUCCCAAAGCGCCUCUAGCUCCAGGAAUAACUCGCCAAAUCGAAGUGUCUUUGCACAAAACCCUCCUCGAGCUUCUCUUCGACCUGCCAGGCAGGCCCAAUCUGCCACAAGUACUAGUCAGGAUAGCCAGACCACCGAACUCCCCACCAUACCUUCGAAUGAUACGGCCGAAAGCCCUGUAGCACCCGGGCCCAAAUUGCUUGCUGAGCUAAAAGAUCGCUCUAUUGAGGAGACCCUUCGCGAGCUCAAACCAAAAAAAUCUGAGACUUCGCCAACUAGGUGGGCGAAACUAUACGAGAAUGCAAAAGGAUAUAACAGCCUUAUGAGGUGGUAUGACGGGGCGAACGAUGAUUCCGACGAUGACGGCCCUCCUUCUGACGAGGGACCUCUGGGGGAAGAUAGCAAAGGCAAAACCCCUAUCAGUGACCAGGGGAGCGCAACCCCCGCUGUGGAUAACAGGCGAAAUCAAGCAGGGCCUAGCGAUUCCCAAGCUUCGGGUGGACCUAGCCCUCUCGGGCAAGAAGAGGAAGAAGAGGACCCUGAUGCCAUUACGGCAGCACCAUUCUUGCCCGAGGUACCUGCAGACGAAUUCGGCAAGCCAAUCGACCUGACAAAGCAUCCACAUCCAAAUGCACAUACCAAAACCUACGAUUCCCGCAAGAAUUUACCUCCCCCCAAAACAGUUCAGGAUGAUCCAUAUGCAUAUCCAGGUUCCCACCCACAUAAGAUGCGCCACAGUGGAUGCAAACACGAGUCGCGCGAUGAAGUCGUAUGCGAGGAGACCCAACCGCAAAACUGCCGGUAUAAUCAGAGUUUAGAAGUAGGUGGCAUGUGCGAAAGCUGCACAGCGGCCAACAUCCCCGAUCCUACCUUGUCUAGGAGCCAAAAAAUUCGACGAUCAAUUAGGGGUGUCGGCAGUUGGAUUGGUCGGACAGCUCGAACAAUCGCCCGUGGCGCUCGCCGAAAGCCUAUACCUGAGAAUAUGCGACAGAACCCUGCUCCUCCAGAACCAGGCAGUUCAGGGGGGCAGAGAGAGCAUGUAGGAUCAUCUGCUGGUGCAGGGCCAUCAGGAACACAAAGAUCAUACAACCAACGAGGGGCAUCCGGAGCCGGCUCUACAGCGCGCCGUACUAGCCAAGGCGGGGAUGGACAAAGUGGAGAAGGACAGACAUUUGAGGGUCGCGGGCCGGCGCCAGGUACAGCCGGUCUUCCUCGACUUAAUCAACCAAUGACCCCAGAACAACAGGAAACACUCCGGAGAAUGCGAGGGCCGACUGGCAGUUCUGUCGGGGCUGGUGGAGCUGAUCCAACACUUCAUGUCGACGACGAAUCCGACAAGUCUUAG